AUGGCUGCGUCACUCCUGAUCACUCCGCGCUACAGCGCUGAGGACUUCGAGACACGGUCAAUAGUGUCAGCUGCGCCAUCAUACAGAUCCGAUGCGCCUUCAUAUCACUCGGCCGACUUACAUCCCGAUGUUCUCCCCGCAUACACUCCUCCAGCAAACCGUAACGAGGCGAACAAUUCGGCCCGCCGCCGACGCACCGCAGAACAACCCCCCGCCUCCCAGCAGCAGACCAUCGGCCUCCCACCUAUUCCUCCUCUACCCCGGGCUGGGGCUCCCAAUAUUCACAGCUUCCGCAUUCCCACCUGGUCGACGCAGAAUGCACCGGCCGCGCGUCAGCUCCACAGUGUUGUUGAGCGACGUCUGAAUGCUGCCUUGGCGGAGCGGAGUAACAGGAGCACCCCUCGAUACCACACUUUGUUGGCCGAUGCGCCGUCGUCUAGCCAGAGCAGACCGCUGGAAGAUCCAUAUCUUGUAGGUGAGCAGGCCGCUGCCCAGGCCCGCCGUGAUCGGAUGAACCGUGAAACUGGAGACGAUAUCCUCAUAAAAGAAGACCAGCACUGGGACUGCUUCCUCGCUCAAAUGAGGGAAUGGGAUGCGCGAGAGAAGAACUGGGCCAAGUUUCGCCGUGACGUCGAUACGGGUAGGCGCCGUAGGAUUCUACGCCGUAUUGGCGGUUGA